AUGGAUAUCGACAUGAGCCGGCGAAACAAGACUCCGCGUCCCCUGACAGACUCGGAACGAGCCCGACUUGAAGAGUUUGUAGAUGCUAUUCGAUACUCUGAGAGAUAUAACGAUAGCGAAUUCGAGUACCGCCAUGUCCAGCUACCAAAGAUGAUGCUCAAGGCGAUUCCAAAGGAGUACCAUGAUUCUGCCAAGGGCACACUGAAGCUUCUCUGGGAGGACGAGUGGAGGGCCAUGGGAAUGACACAGAGUCUCGGCUGGGAGCACUACGAGGUCCAUGAGCCGGAGCCGCAUAUUCUUCUUUUCAAGCGACCUCUCAACUACCAACCUCCUCAGUGA